AUGUCCUCCUUCUCGGAGUCGGCGCUGGAGCGGAAGCUGUCGGAGCUGAGCAACUCCCAGCAGAGCGUCCAGACGCUGAGCCUGUGGCUCAUCCACCACCGCAAGCACGCCGGGCCCAUCGUCACCGUCUGGCACCGCGAGCUCCGUAAGGCAAAAUCGAGUAGGAAACUUACUUUCCUGUACCUGGCAAACGAUGUCAUCCAGAACAGUAAAAGGAAAGGACCAGAGUUCACGCGAGAAUUUGAGUCCGUUCUGGUGGAUGCUUUUUCACACGUUGCCAGGGAGGCAGAUGAGGGCUGCAAAAAGCCCUUGGAACGGCUUCUGAACAUCUGGCAAGAGAGGAGUGUGUAUGGCAGCGAAUUUAUACAGCAGUUGAAACUGUCCAUGGAGGACUCCAAUAGCCCCCAACCAAAAGUUACAGAGGAGAAGAAGUCCUUGAAGCGAACGUUUCAGCAGAUACAAGAGGAGGAAGACGACGAUUACCCAGGGAGCUACUCCCCACAAGAUGCCAACCCUGGGCCCCUUCUGACUGAAGACUUGAUCAAAUCCCUACAAGAUCUGGAAAACGCAGCAUCUGGAGAUGCCACAGUGCGGCAGAAGAUAGCCUCUCUUCCCCAAGAGGUUCAGGAUGUUUCCCUGUUAGAGAAAAUUACAGACAAAGAGGCAGCCGAGCGCCUUUCGAAGACUGUGGACGAAGCGUGUUUGCUGCUGGCAGAGUACAAUGGGCGGCUGGCAGCAGAGCUGGAAGACCGGCGCCAGCUGGCGCGCAUGUUGAUUGAGUACACCCAGAACCAGAAGGACGUGCUGACGGAGAAGGAGAAGAAGCUGGAAGAGUACAAGCAGAAGCUGGCUCGAGUAACUCAGGUCCGCAAGGAGCUCAAAUCCCACAUCCAGAGCCUGCCCGACCUGUCGCUGCUGCCCAACGUAACAGGAGGGUUGGCCCCUCUGCCGUCUGCCGGGGACCUGUUCUCAACUGACUAGGGCCCGUGAAGGGGUCUGCAUUCCCUCCCUUUCCC